GACCAAACCACGAUAUCGCCCGCGUGACUUUCCAUCGCAUUGUGCCUGCGCUGUCUCAAGGACAAUUGUUUUAAUUAUGGCCUGCUGCGCAAUUGCCGGCGUAGUCCCACUUGGAUGAAAUGAUGCGCGCAGUUGUCUUCAAAGGCGUUCGCCAGGUCGCGGUGGAAGACCGCCCUAUGCCAACCAUCCAAGACCCCAAGGACAUCGUCGUCAAAGUCCGAUAUACAGCAGUAUGUGGAAGUGAAUUGCACGUCUUUAGGGGUCACCAGCCGUCCAACACCGGCUUUAUCAUGGGCCAUGAAGUCACCGGCGUUGUAGACAAAGUAGGCGAGGACGUGAAGAAUCUUGUCCCUGGCGACUCAGUCGUCUGUCCAUUCACUGUCAGCUGUGGAGAAUGCUAUUAUUGCACGCACGGUUACACGUCGCGUUGCGAGAAAUCUCUGCUGCUUGGUUGCCCGCUUCUUGAUGGAGCACAAGCGGAGUAUGUUCGCAUUCCACUUGCAGAGUCGACUGUUGUCAAAGCACCCAAGGGCAUUGAAGAGUUGAAGCUGUGUCUCAUGGCCGACAUCUUUCCCACAGGAUAUUUUGCAGCCAGCAAUGGUCUGAGCAAACUCGACCCUACGAUUGCCCGAGAAAGUGUCGUGGUCCUGAUUGGUUGCGGUCCAGUCGGCCUAUGUGCAUUGAUUGCAGCUCUUGAGUACCAACCCAAGGCGUUGUUGGCUGUAGAUAGAAUUCCCUCACGUCUGGAUACUGCAAAGAAGCUUGGUGCAGAACCUUGGAACUAUGAAACAGACAAGGAAGGACUCGCAAAACGCAUUCUAGAGUUCACGGACGGCCGGGGAGCUGACGUAGUCAUUGAGGUCGUAGGCCAUAGCGACGCUCUUGAGAUGGGAUUCCAGCUACUUCGACCCUGGGGUACGAUCUCAAGUGUGGGCGUGCACAACGGCCCGAUACCAUGGACUGGUAAUCAGGCCUAUGGGAAGAAUUUGACCCUCCAGAUGGGCAGAUGUCCCGUGCGCAGCAUCUUUCCACAGGCACUUGAGUUGCUAGAGAGGAAGCAACACCUCCUUGACUUCAUGACAGACACGGUCCUGCCCCUGAAUGAUGCUGUAGAGGGCUACUCUCUGUUCGACGCUUCGAAGGUACACAAAGUGAUCCUCGAUGCACAGAAGUAUUGAUGUCGAAAAAUAUGUAUUUUAGAGUUC